AUGGCCUCGAUUAGUACACCAACGAGUGCGUCAAGUUCUCCCGAAUCCCCGAUCCCGGAUUUAUUGGCAGUUUGUGCAACGCAUUACGGGAAUGUUUGGCAGCGAGACGAUAGGCUUUCGGUCGAGCUUUCUCGAAACGAUUCAGCAGGUGAAGCAUUUGGAUUUAUCAUUUUCGUAAACACGGUAUUUCAAAAAUACCCCAUUACUUCAUACUUAUCUGAUCGCCAUGGUAUAUGGUGGUUCGGCAAAUCAUUCGCUUAUUCAUUUAUACGCAAUAAAGCUUUUUCAAAGGUCGUUGCUUCGUUGGGCGUAGUAUCACAUAUCAGUGUAAGCGGUUAUGAUGCGGUACUAGCCCUGAGGGUUGUGAAUUGA